UUGCCUGCUUCACAAACCCUCUCCGCCUCACUAAACUCUCUCUCUCUCUCUGCCCUUCCGGCUGCUCUCCACGCCUUUCGCACCAAACCACUCUCUUUAACAGCUCCUGCGAAAGGCGGAGACACCUACUAAAGUUCUAGCUCGAGUCUCACUCCGAUUCCCAAGAGAUGGUCAAAAUGGUUGAUUCGGUUCAACAGCCCACAGUAUUUCAGAAGGUAGCUGGUCAACUACAUCUUCAUUCUGGUCUUUCAACCGAUAUUCAGGGUUACAAUAGUGGUUUCCAUCAAUCAGCACCGUACCAAAGGCGUGCCACAUUUGGGAAUUACUCAAAUGCUGCUUUUCAGUAUCCCAUAAUGCCAGCAUGUGGUGCAACCACUGAUCUAUCUUUAGUUGCUUCAACUGCGUCCCCCAUUUUUGUUGCAGCCCCUGCUGAAAAACCAAAGGGAAGCUUUCUUAUUGACUUCCUUAUGGGUGGAGUCUCUGCUGCUGUAUCCAAAACAGCUGCUGCUCCAAUUGAGCGUGUUAAACUUUUGAUUCAGAAUCAGGAUGAGAUGAUUAAAAGUGGGAGACUGUCUGAACCCUACAAGGGUAUCGGUGAUUGUUUUAAGCGAACAAUUAAGGAUGAGGGGUUUGGUUCAUUGUGGAGAGGUAACACUGCUAAUGUCAUCCGUUACUUCCCUACUCAGGCCCUGAACUUUGCAUUCAAGGAUUACUUCAAGAGGCUUUUUAAUUUCAAGAAAGACAAGGAUGGUUACUGGAAAUGGUUUGCUGGUAACUUGGCAUCAGGUGGUGCCGCUGGUGCUUCAUCUCUUCUCUUCGUUUAUUCCCUUGACUAUGCUCGUACCCGUCUGGCUAAUGAUGCAAAGGCUGCAAAGAAGGGCGGAGAAAGGCAAUUUAAUGGCCUGGUUGAUGUCUACAGAAAGACGUUGAAAUCUGAUGGUCUUGCUGGACUUUACCGUGGAUUCAACAUUUCAUGUGUUGGUAUCAUUGUAUAUCGUGGUCUCUACUUUGGAAUGUACGAUUCAUUGAAGCCAGUUGUCCUGACUGGAAAUAUGCAGGAUAGUUUCUUUGCUAGCUUUGCUCUAGGUUGGCUCAUCACCAAUGGUGCUGGUCUUGCAUCCUACCCAAUUGAUACCGUUCGUAGAAGAAUGAUGAUGACCUCUGGUGAAGCUGUCAAGUACAAGAGCUCAUAUGAUGCUUUUGCUCAGAUCCUGAAAAAUGAGGGUGCCAAGUCGCUCUUCAAGGGUGCUGGUGCGAACAUCCUCCGUGCUGUUGCUGGUGCUGGUGUCCUUGCUGGUUAUGACAAGUUACAGCUGAUUAUGUUUGGGAAGAAAUAUGGAUCAGGUGGUGCUUAAAUUAAGAGGGGGUAUACUUAGCCGUCUGUGCCAAUUAGCUUUAGAUGGUGAUGAAAAUCUUUUUGAGUUCCAACAAAACUUAUUCCGGCAAAUUUUUUGUUGAAAUAAUUCAGAUGUAGAGGGAAGUCAUUCCCAAACCAAGUUUUAGUUUUAGAUUUGGAUGGAUUUUGAUCCUAUAUAACCUGAUUUAUCGAUGUGGCUGCCAAUGCCCCAGUUACCUUUUGGA